CCUCAUUUUCUUUUCCCACUUUUACCCCUCCGCUCCUCACGCUCGACGCUCCUCCCUCUGGAAACAAAAAAAAUUGAACUUUACAGUUCAUCUUUAGAUCUGGACCAACCAAAAAUCUAGAUUCUCAUUUUCUUACUGUAUGGUAUUACGCUUUGGGACACAAGGGACAACCUCAAAAAUUGCUUUCUCCUAUUAAUCAGGGUCCAAAGAGUUUUUCACUGUUCAAUCAUUGAAAAAUAGCUGAUACCCAUUUUUCCUUCUGGGGUUCUUCCAAAGCUUUCCUGGUUGUUGAAAAAUUUUGCUCUCCACCGCUGACUUCAACCUCCUCUUUUCUCUUUGGAUGAAAGUCCAUGCCUUGAUAAUUAUUACAAGCAUUGUUUUUCCCUCUUUUUGGGUCCUAUUUAAGAUAGUAAUAUACCAGCUUUAGCUGUAUACUUGUUAUCUUGAUCUUGGGUUUAUCAGAUUUUGUGCUUAGUGCCAACUCUGCAGCUACUUGGAAUGGGAAAAAGCUAGCUUUUUUGAGGCUGUUAUAGACAAGAAAUGCUGCUAUUUAUCAAAUUAUUCUUAUGCUAACUAAAUAUAGAUCUUACAGUUUUAGUAAUCUUUAGAGGGUUCAAGUUGUUUUAUUUCUUUUGAGGCAUUGAAAAUAAUCUGAAGCUGUUUCUUCUUAUAUUUUUUUUUUCUUUUUGUACUUUUACCUGCUUAAGAGGUUUGUUAAAUAGAAAAAGUAGUACCUUGAGUAUCUACUUUUUCUUUUAUGGUCAUUAUCAUUCAUUCCCUCUGCCAAUUCUCUCUUUUCCCAGAAAAUCUCUUUGGCUGUGGCUGUUGUUAAGGCAAAAAAAAAAAAAAGGGUGUUUCUUUUGUGACCAAAACUGCAGUUUUCUGCAAAAGGGUCUGCUGUGUUUCACUUUGAUUAUUUGGAAAAAUGUUAAUUUCCACUGAAACAGAACAGAUCCCAUUGCCUCAAAAUCAUGUUAAAGAGUCUUCGACACCAUCUCCAAUGGGAUCAAAUCCUGAUUCCCUUAAUGGGUUGUCCCCAGUUUCUGAUUUGCCUGAUUCUCUACCACUUUCUACCGUUUUUUGUGAUGUUAAUGUUGUCCCUGAGCAAGAAAAGAGCGAGCUUGAGCAGUCCAUAAAAAAUUUGGAAGGUGAAAUUGCUCAAUUGAGGUUAAAGCAAAGGUCGCUGGAUGAGAAAAGAAGAGAAACUUUGAAUAAGAUAGUAGACAUCAAAGGCACCAUUAGAGUAUUUUGUCGAGUUAGACCUUUCCUAUGGACUGACAGGAGAAGAAUUCAGGAACCUGUUUCGAGUGAAUUGGAUAGAGUUGUGGUUAGAUCAUCUGGAAGUAGGAAAGAGUUUGGAUUCGAUAAGGUGUUUCAUCAAGCAGCUAAUCAAGAAGAUAUUUUUGGUGAGGUUGAACCAAUCCUCAGAUCUGCACUUGACGGGCACAAUGUGUGCAUUUUUGCUUAUGGUCAAACUGGUACUGGCAAGACAUAUACAAUGGAUGGCACGGCAGUCCAGCCAGGAAUUGUUCCUCGAGCUUUAGAAGAGCUUUUUCAUCAAGUCUCUUUGGGCAACUCAUCUUCUUUUACAUUUUCAAUGAGCAUGUUGGAGGUUUACAUGGGUAAUCUGAAAGAUCUACUCGCUUCAAAGCCUGCAUCAAGAGCAAAUGAAACUGUAGCAAGAUGUAAUCUAAACAUUCAAACAGAUCCAAAGGGGUCAGUAGAAAUUGAGGGUCUGACGGAAGUUGAAAUACCAGAUCUUGCAAAAGCCAGAUGGUGGUACACAAAGGGGAGGCGGGUUCGAACUACCUCAUGGACUAAUGUGAAUGAGGCAUCUAGCAAGUCACACUGCUUAACAAGGAUCAUCAUUUCUCGACAUGGGGAUGCUCCGGAAGCUAGACCAAAAGUAAGCAAACUAUGGAUGGUUGAUCUUGGAGGGAGUGAGCGAUUACUGAAAACAGGAGCCACUGGACAAACCCUUGAUGAGGGAAGGGCUAUAAAUCUUUCCCUUUCUGCUUUAGGUGAUGUUAUUGCAGCUCUAAGAAGGAAGAGGGGCCAUGUGCCUUACAGAAAUAGCAAGUUAACUCAAAUCCUCAAAGAUUCCCUAGGUGAUGGUUCCAAGGUUUUGAUGCUUGUGCACAUAAGCCCGAGUCAAGAAGAUGUUGGGGAGACCAUCUGUUCUUUGAGCUUUGCAAAGAGGGCCAGAGCAGUGGAAUCUAGUAGAGAACUACCAGAGGACUUGAAGAAGCAAAAAGAAGAAAGGAUAUCAGAACUUGAAGAGAACACGAGAGAAGCAGAAGAAGAAUGUCAGAAGAUAACAUGUCAAAUAAAGAAGGCUGAGUUCCUAUUAAGUGAAAACAAAAAACUUUACUCAACUUCUUAUGAGAUUCCUGAUGAGAAUGAGGAAAAGAGUACUGAAAGCCCCAAAGAAGAUGUAAAAGAUCAUGUCAUUGAAACACCUAAGAUAACUCAGAAAGCAAUGAAACAAAGUACUCAUCGUCCUCUCCCUCGGUUCAUGACUUCUACUGUGGCUAGUCGAGAAAGGCAAAGUGCUGCUGAAAGAGAAAUUGUUAAAAGGGCAAGAAGUCUGAGAUCAGAAGCCAGAAGUUCAGUGCAAUUCUCAGGUUCUCAAUCCCUCAGUUUCUCAGACCCUCGUUUUAGAGCAUUUUUACGACACUCAAGGAAGAAUUCCAGAUUCAAAGACACGAAUGCACCAGCCACAGAGAGUCCAAGAUGCAAUGGCUCAGCCUUGAAGACAAUCUCCUUGCCAAGAAGCAAGAUGGUCACUUCAUCUGAUCUCAACUUAAGAGUUACACUUAGUCGCCACAGAAGAAGGAUGUCUGAUUUUGUCUAACAAUGAAAAAGAUGUAGCUAUCUUGUAUCCUUUUAUAGUACAUGUAAAAUGUGUGGGGUGUUUAAUUUUCAUUUUUGAUCAGUCUUUUCUUUUGCUUGUGUGUGGGGGGUUGUUUCCUGUUUAGAUAUGAAAAGAGUUUAUACAGGGAGCUGUGCCAUCAUAUAUUUUAUUAAGGGUGGUUGGCCGGCUUGUCUGGGAUCUGUAACUUAAUAUUUGUUUGCAGGAUCCCUGUAUUAAAAUGGUUUGUUUAGGUUUGAUAUGUACUGUUAACUAUCCAUUAACAUGAUUAUUGUAACCCAAAUGAUGUUUAUAUAUGAAAAAGCUAGCCUAGAUUCCUGCCUUA